GGUCCAGCUCUUGUUGCUUGACUGUUCAGGAGUGCUCAAACUACAGCACAGCAUGAACCAUGCAUUUGUUCCCUCCAUAUUCCUUUUAGAUAAGUUCUUGUCUGCCCCCAAAUUUGUAUAUUGAACCUAUUUAUAUUCAGAGCCUGUUGCCUCUUGGGAAAAGCUUGAAUUUUUUUCUCAAUUCUACUCUUGUGGCUCUGGACGUAUCUUCUUUUGGGAACCUAGCUUUAUUGCUAAAAUUCAUUGUGGUGAGCAAAGCCUCGGUUUUCAGGGUUCAGUAAAGUCAUGCAAAUAUCAGAAAAGCAGCUUAGGGGAGGACUGGGUGUCUCUCCUUCCUAAGAGGGAAAGCAACAGUGUCCUCCCCAAAAUAGAUAUAGCACAAGGAAUGCUGUUCUUCAGUGCAGCUGCUUGUGGCACUGACUGACACUGCCUCAGUCCCUCAUGCCUCUCCCUGCGCCGCAUGCAUGUGCAUCUGCUGGCCCUUUCGACUGUGCCCUUUUGGGGGCAGGGACCAUCUUGCAGCGUGCUGGGAGAGCACCCAGCUCGGGACUUGUCAGUGACUAGAGCUCCCAGACUCUGUGGAGGUAAUGUGAUGAUAAUUGCAAGUAAGAGGUUAACAAGGCAGAGCUGAGCAGCUGUAGGUGAACUACUAUAAACCAGGCUUUGUUUAAAAAGCUCAAGGGAUUAAGAAUCAUUAGUCAGUGAGCAUCUUUUUAUUUCUGCAGUUUAACAGGAGUUGCUUUAAUUGUCAUUUAUGAAGCUUCAUUUUUCCAACACCAUCUCUGCUCUUCAAUGCCUGGAAUAAAUGGGGGGAACAUUUCUCCGAGUGAACAUGGGAGGCAAGGAGAAUCUUGUUGGUGAGACAUUUGACUCGCUUCAGGUCACUGUAUUUGCAGGCUUCUUGUGUGACCUUGGGCAGGUCACUUGAUACCUCUGAUUUGAGCAUCUGUCUGCAAAAUGAAAGGUAACAUCACUGCCUUGACUUACUGGGGAAGAUGCUUAGUAAGACCCGUAGAAGGUAGAGGCUGCAGAGAGCUGAUUUGGGGAUGGAGUGGCUGUGCAGGCGAUCACCGAGACUUACUCUUGCUGUAUUUAAUGUUGUUAGGAAGCUGCUUCGUGGUCACAGUAGAUUUGUGAUCAAAGCAGCUUGAGACUUUGUCAUGUCUGAGGGAUGUGAUUUGUGACCCACCUUUCAUUAGAGACCUAAUGAGCCAGUGACAAUGGGCUUGCAAGUUUUGAGGGGGUCAUUUUUCAGAGUCCAAGUCUCUGGCAAACAGCUUACUAUGAUUAUAAUAAAAAUAUGGCCUGAGCGUAAUUGAGCACUCUCUGGGCAGCUCUAAAGCCUGGACUGAGAAGUCUGGGGACAGUAUUACUGCUGGGAGAUGUUGGAAAUUAUUUAAUCCUUUUUGUGCUGGCUAGUUUAUGACUUUCUUGCUUGCAGACCUACGGAAUAAAAAUACUGCUCUGACAAAGGGAACUCUCUACGGCCACAUCCAGGAGAUAUUAAGGAGAAAAGUAGCGCCCAAUAUAAGCCAUUUCAUCUUCAACCUGCAAAUUCCCCGGAGUCUAGCACAGAGUGUCUUCUUCUGUUGGGUCAGCUGGUUUUUGCUGCUCCUGUGAAUACAAGUCAGGAGAGUUUAUUGGUGAUGACUCAUAUUUUCCCAAACUGUGUUGUAAAAAUCUCCCAUCAAAAUUAUGAAACUGAGUUUAAAGGAGCCAGGUGUAAUGAAGCAUGAAGAGCUAUUAGUCUCUAUCUUUCCCCUUCUUUAGUCCUUCAAAACAAGGUGAAGGCCCUUUUCUGAAACAGAGUAUUAACGGUGCACCGUUCUUAUUAUUGGUACUGUGAGAGCGUAUAGGGCUCCCAGCUAUGUACAAAGUCAUGGUGGUAUUUGUUGCUACAUAAACACUGGGUAGGUGACCACUGCCCUGUAGAACUGCUCCUUAACACCUGGUCUCUGCUCUAAGAAGGCGACUCGGGGCGAUUCUGGAAUACGGGCAUUGCCAGAAUGGAUCAGGCUGAGGAUCCCUCGAGUCUGAUGUCCUGCCUUUGACACUGGUCAGCAUCUUACGCUUCAGUGGAAGACGUAAUUCAGUUGUGCAGCUACAGUAUCCAGGUGGAAGAUGGCUUCCUGAUCAUGCUGGAAUUCGUGGAGACCUUUAAUGUGGAAACACACCCAGAAGCGUUGUGCCCUUAUGACGUCCUUAAGAUUAAAAUGCCCAAAAAGCAGUUCGGCUCAUUCUGUGGAAAGACUUUGCCUGCAAAAAUUGGGACACGCAGCCGUGUUGUAAAUACUACUUCGAUAACUGAUAUCUCGGGAGCACGCACUGGAUGGAAGAUGCAGUACACAGCACCAGCUUUGCCAUGCCCCGGUCCUGAAGCACCACCCCAUGGUCGCAUCGCACCAGUGCAAGCACGGGACGUUCUGAGCAGCCCCUGUACUCUGUCCUGCUACUUGAAGUACCGAGAACCAGCAAACAGACGUGAGGGUUAGUAUUCGACAGAAAAUGGUAUGAAAG